CUAAUUGUUGUGAUAAACUUAUUAAAUAGAAAAUUGAAGAUGGGAGAUUAGGUGAAGCUCAACAAAAAUGGUGAUGCUGAAUGAGCAUUCCUGGAACUCCUUGCAGAGUGGUCUAAGACGAGCAAAACAGGAUAUAGAGGCCGAUAGAACCAAUGGCGGGAUCAACAGUCCAAAACAGGUCCCGGUUAGAUCGACACGCUCACCACGAUUGCCAAGAUUGAGUUCGACGGAGAAUGAAUCAAACCAUGUGCAGGAUUUGCGCAGAUCUAAGUUCAACGUCGUACCUCCUGUACACAGAUCAUUUUCUCUGGAAUCUGUUACUAAUGGUGAUCGAACUCAGAACCAGAGUGUUUUCACUCCUCCCACCUACUUCAACAGUCACGCAGACCAAAGACGCCAAAAUAGACAGAAGAGACAACAUGCAGUACCCAACAAGUCAAUAUCCAGUUUCCUGUCUCAGAGAAAAGCACAAGAAGCUGAAUGGAGUCAAAUAUUCUCAGAAGACGAAGAGUUGUAUACUCGAGGAGGGGAUUCUUUAAACUACAACAAACGGGGUCAGGAUCCGUACAAACAUCAGGGAAAGGAUUCUCAAUUAGGAAUGUACAAAAGAAGAGCAAUGGAAGACAAGAGAGGAGCGCCGAAUAGUAACUUCAACAUUUUGGACGAUGACCUAGCACCCACCCCCGAAUCACAAGUGGAGAACCGUAGACAUAUCCGGCUGAGGGAGAGGGAGAGAUUUGAUCCGAGGAAAAGAGGAAGCCUAGAGGAGUUCGUAGACAGACUGAGAAACGAAAGACGCCGAGAUCGCGAAGAGCGUCAGUACUCACCAAGUCUGAGAUACAAACCAUUGAACCCAAACCAAUACGAAUCUUACCCCUCAGAAAGAGACCAUGGCUACGAAUAUAUGAAUGGAAACAUGCAUGGGUUGAAAUCACCGUUGCCUUAUGAGGGCGACUCAGCUGUAAUGUCAAUAGUAGAUGAGCUUGUUUGGGACACUUUGGAGGAAGACAUGGUUCCGGAUGUCCUCAUAGAAGUGUUCAUGGAAGCCAAGGACAAUCCAGAUCUAGCAAAUAAAACAUUGAAAGAUGCUGAAAGUAUCACUGCCUCAAUGGAAAAGUUUCUUCCGAUGAAGACAGGAGCUGACCCCUUUCAGUCUCAAAAGAGAAGCCUCAGUCCCCCCUCACAUCACUACCCCUGGAUCAGUAGACCUAACCUGCACCCCCCUCUACCACCCGCUGUGAGGUCGACUGAGGAUCCAGCAAUCAAAGCACACGACGAAAUGCUGUUCAGAAGAACAUUUGAUCAGAUGGUGACUGUGCCUAUGGUAGCAGCGACACAGAUAAACGAAGUGGAGACCAUUGCAGCAGAAGUUGUCCAAGAGACAAUGCCGGACAUCGUGCGUGAGGCCAUUUUCGACGUUAUCCUCGAAGACUACAUAGAGAAUGAUCUGUUAGCCGAAGUGAUCAGAGAAGAAUCUCGUGACGUCACAAUAGAGACGUUGAAGAAAUUAGACAGCAGAGUGGAGUGGAAACAGAGAAGGGCUGUGAAUUCAUUUGCGAAAGAUAAACUAGUUGACAGUUUCAGUUUGGAUCACGUAUUGGAUCUAAUCGCAAAGAGCGGCAGGAUUUACACUGAUGAUAUGCACCGGGAGAAAAUACUUGACGAUGUGAUUCUGAACCAACUUCUCUCCCAGUUCCUAAACGUGAACAACCAACUGCAGUCGACAGUGAGAAAUGGACCUCUGAGGAGACUACAUGAGAAGAUAGUGUGUGAUGUAGCCGUGGAUGUGGUGCUGGAGGAGCUGGAGGCACAGCUGGAUGAAGAUAUGGAAGACUUGCACGAGUACGAGACAAGCCUGGACGACCCCAGGAUGCUGGAGCACAGACUUCCUAAACGAGGUCCACCUGGAUCUAACUCGUGGGAGAAUGAUGAAAGUUUGAAACUGGCUGCGGCUUCCGAAGCACUUCCAGAUGGUCUGAAGGAGUGGAUCAGAAGUGUAGACGCCUCAUUUGCACCUCCAAAUGUACAGACCAGUCGAAGUAGGAGCCAGUUACCACCGGCUACCAACAGGAUGAGUAAUCUGGAGAGAUUGGACGAAGAACAAACAUAAAUUGAAAGCAAGUAUCCAAAAAUUCAAUAACCUCGACUAAUGGACUAAUGUCUAACCUAUCUGAGCAAGCUUUUUUUAAAAAUAACUAAUGAAUGUUAACCAAUUGAUGUAAAGUAACCAUACCGAGUUUGUCUAGUUUUGUAAAAAGGUAUUUCUGUCAAAUCAAAUAUAAGGGCGGAUCUAGGAUUUUUUUCGAAGAGGGGGGAUUUUUAAAAAUGUUUCAAGUUUUUCUCGACCUUUUUUUUUUUAGGUCGGCCAAAUUGAUUUUUUGAGCUCUCCCAAAGCACUAAAAAGUCCCUGUUUUGGCCCAAUUUUCUGCGCCGCAGCCAAAAUUUAGUAUCAAAAUUAGUAUAUAUUGGCGCCAAAGGCGACUUCGGAAAAUUUUUAGGGUCCGUCACCAAAAAUGGAUGUUUCAAAAUAUUAUUUAGUGGGGACGCAGGGAGUCGAAUCAAAGUGGAGUCGGCAGGGGGACAAAGUGGGGGCAGCAGGGGGUCGAAUCCCUGAGGAGGGAUGUCCCCCACCUAAAUCCGCCCCUGAUCAAAUAUAUGUCUUUAAAUUAUCAUGUCUGAAACGUUUUUAAGAGUCAUGAACGUAGUAAAUACUCUCACAAUGUGAUUUUUUUUUUCCAGGUAAAAGUCUUAAAAUUUGUUCACGCUAAAACUUGAUUUUCGCGGUUUUACUUCUGAUAUCUUUUCAAGUUCUUUUCAUUUCCUGUGUUGAAAGGAAGACAAACUCCACAAUCGAACAGCAAAAGAGAAAAGGUCACGAAAAAGGUGAUCGACUUCUAGUUUCUAAAGUGGAAUAUAAUGUUCAGAUUUCCCCGCGGAAUAAAAAAAGAUUGCAUAUUGAUCCAGUUUUCUCAAUAUGGGUUACUUUUAUUACGAUUGCGAUUAUACUUUAU